AUGUUUCAGAUCCAGAGGCGGAGUCAUGAGGCCCAACCACAAGGCCCCAGACCAGAGAGUGAGGGAGAGCUGCCUGCAGAGCAUCACAGAACACAUCAGACAGAUUGUGAGCCUGCCCAGAACAGAGACUGCCCAGAGACAGAAAAUGAGGAGACAGAGACAGGGAAUGAGAAGAGAGAGACAAGAAAUGAGGAGAAAGACACAGUAAGGGAGGAUAUGGAGAGAGGGAAUGAGAAGAGAGAGACAAGAAAUGAAGAGAAAGACACAGCAAGGGAGGAUAUGGAGAUUGAGAGGGAAGAAGUGGAGAACGAGGCAGCAACAUCAGAGUCCACUUGGUUCCCAAAAAAUCAAGACGGACGAUCUUUUCAGGGCCACUGGUAUGAUGAAAACCCCUGGUUGGAGUAUUCUCCAGAGAAUGACGCCAUGUACUGCUUCAGCUGCCGCAUUUCUCUUAAUGACGAGAAGUACAAGAUGCCAGAAUCCAGUAAGUGCCCCUCAGAUGCAAGCAGUGCCUCUGCAGGAAGCUACGCAGAGGAUCUGUCAUUUCCCCAGGCUAAUAAUAGCUUUUGUGGAAGCUAUUUGGCAGAGUUAGAGUCCACGGACAUCUGUAAUAAUGGAAUGCCAAUGUAUAACUCAAGCCCCUACCACACUCGCUUGCCAUCACAGCAAGCAAGGAAUGCUCCAGAAACACCACGUCGAAGAUUCCACAGAGGGGAGUCCAGCCAAGUGUUGAAAGACAUUGCUGCCAAUAAAAACACCACGAUGCUUACAGAGCUACUCAUGGAGGUGAAGCAAAUGUCACGGGACAUCCAGUUUUUAAAGACUGAAAUCACGGACCUUAGAUCCACCUUGAAUAGUCGUGGGGCUGAACCUGACUCACAGAGAGAAGAGAAGUUCCCCAUCGUGCUGCCGCUCACCAAUGAAGAGCAGUUUGACGAGGCUGAAGCUGCACUUAAGGAGGAAACAGUCCGUCGAAAGAUGAUUUCCCGCCUGGCAUUAGUCGGAGGGACCAACUCAGACAUGAUGAUCCGGCGAAUGCUAUCCUCUACCAUGACAAACAGUCUAGCCUGCCUCUUCAACUGGGCGGGAAAAGGACAGAAGAGGGCCUUCAAAGACACGCUACUGCAGAACUGCAUGUUUGCGGCUGUUCGUCAAUUUGACCGCAAAUUGCUGGAAUUCCCAUACAGCGAGACUGUGAAGAAGUGGCUACGUUAUGCACCAGAGAGGAGUGGCGGAGUACCAAGGAAAGAAAAGAAUUAGUUGUUUUCCUGUCUGUUUUGUUCAUGUUGAACUGGAUCCUAUAGUUCCAGGAUUACCUGUUGAGCUGCAGUGAAGGUAUAGUAACACAAAGAGGGACUAUAAAAACUGUUACCUUGAAAAAUAUUUGGCUUAUUUAGCCCAUGUCAAUUUUUAUUUUGCCACUGGACUAUUGCUUUCAACUGUUUUGUUUGAAAUUGUGAGACAUUUGUGAGAAAUGGCAGAGAGCCCAGUAUUUGUAGCUGUUUGUUGAGGCAGCAAA